CCAAAUUUUGAGCUGCGGCUAAGGGGAAGGAGUGGCGAGCAGCGGUGACACAAGUUGGUGAUGGAAGAAGAGGAGAGGUGGAGCUCUCCUAACCGGCCUACGAACAUGACGGGCAACAUAAAGGGCUCCGACGCAAAAUCUCUUCUUACUAACCGAUGCCACUAUCUUGCUCAAGGAGUCGAUGAUGGUUAGAUCUGAUGGCCUCGAGGAGGCGGAGGGGUCGCCGGUGGCGACGACGUCGGCGGUGUAGUCGGGGAUUUCGAAGGAGACGGCGACGUGGGACUGGGCGGCGAGGAGGAUUUCAGUGCUGCACCGUCGCCAUUUGUGAAAGGCGGGAGAGGGGGAAUCAAAAGACGCAGCUGGUCUCAGAGAAGUUUCGUUUCUUGAGUUUAAUUGGGUGAGGAGAGGAG